AUGAACAUGUCAACUUCGGCCCAAGUCCGCAGGAGAUUACGGAAUACCCCAACAAAGCCCAGAUCUGAAUCAGAAGUCCCCUUUCCGAAACGAGCGAGGCUGGCUGCGUCCAAUGACAGUCCAGUGUCAUCUCCAAUUAAAAGCCCUCUAAAACCGUCUGCAGAGGAAAAUUCUGGAUCUAUUCUUACUGCAUCUUUCUAUGGCCUACAGAAAAAUAAAACGGUCAAGGAAAAUGUACCUUUAGCAGCUAGGAAAAACAACAAAUCUGACAGUGUUAAGUCUUCUCAUAUGUCAGGGCAGCUAGCAAAAUGUAUGACUGAAAGUGGUAAGUCUACAAGUGAAAGAUCCAACCUGGAUAAGCUGAUGCUGGGAAAGAUUGCUCUGUCUCCUGUGAAACAGGCAUUUCUUCAAACCUGCGGUCUUGUAGAAUUCAGGAAAGUUUACAGAAAUGAAUAUAAAGUGUUGGAGGAAGAAAUGAAAAGGGCACAUGUCAGAGUGACUAGACUGUUAUCACAUAGUUUGAACAAAACAACAGAGGAAGAUUUAACUGAGGAUUCUACUGAUGAAGAAGACACCGUAGAGAAAAAUAUUAAUUCUCAGACCAGAGCCAAACUUCCCUCAAAAUCUGUUGCUGGCAUUUGUGACAGUCAGCCAGUGAAUGGGAAUAGCAUUCUAUCCCCUAGAAGAAAUCAGCAAAGGAUGACAGUUAAAAAUAAAAGUAAUGAAGUAAAAGGGAAAACAAGCAUCUCUGAUAAUAAUGCAAAUCAUAUCGGGAAUGGCAAACUGAAUUCACCCAUCAUGAAUGGUGAAAGUGCUACACCAACAGGAGGACGUUCUCAAAACAUUAAUAAACAGUCCACGCCAAAGACAUCCACACCUCCUAGCACCGAACGGAAAUUUUUUAAAACACGGUCACCCUUAGAAGAUACUAAAAGAGGAGUUGCUGUACUGACCAAGGGAUUUGGUUUAAAAUUUGUAACUACAAAAUCAAAACCAGCAGGCAGCAAGAAGAAGCAGCCUGCAUUUUCUCCCAGAACAAUGCAGAGUGGUUCAAAACCAAGGAAAUCCAACAGAAAACAACAAACAAAUUCUGUUAAAACAGCGACCCCAGUCUCAGGAUUCACAUUUGCUCCUGGUUUCUUAUCACCAGAAAAAGUUGCGACGGAGAAGUCAGCAGAAGAUCGACCAGAAGAAAAUGAUAAUGAGGGUUUUAGUCUUAAUAAAAACAACUGCUCUACUUACAGUUCUGCAUCACAGAAUCACACAGCUGACAAAGUUAUUGACAAUCAGUCACUUAAUGAAGUUGUUGAUAUCUGUUUGUCUGAAAACUCUGGUCAUCAAGUUGAACAACAUAUUGAUCUGUCUGUAAGGAUUUGCUCUUCUGUCAGGCUUGUAAAUCAGAAUUAUACCCCUAAUGUUGGAGAAGAAGGCCAAACACCGCAAUCAUCCCAUAAACUCUUCCCCAUUUUUGAACGUAGAAAUGAUCAGCCGGCAUCAUCUAACAAGAAACAGUCUUCAGCAUUACAGCUAAAUGAUACAUCCCCAGUAUCCAUGUCAAGCAAAUUACCCAAAGACAGUGGCAGUUCUCAGAUGAUAAUUGAUGCAGGACAGAAAAAGUUUGGUGCCACCCAAUGCCCUGUCUGUACUAUGGUAUAUUGUCAGGCUGAUCCUGCAGAUGAGGCGGCCCAUAUGAAGUUCCACAGGCAGCAUCUGGAAGUUCUCAAGUUUACAGGCUGGAAGAAAGAGCGGGUUGUGCAGGAGUACCCAGAAGACCUUGGUCGAGUCAUUCUAGUUUUGCCCGAUGAUCCAAAGUAUGCAAAAAAGAAGGUAGAGGAUGUGAACCAGCUGAUGGGCAAGGAGCUAGGAUUUUCUGACACAUCAACACCAAUUCACCCAUAUCACAAGGUAUUUCUGUAUGUGCAAGACAAACAAAUAACUGGCUGCUGUGUUGCUGAACCCGUUCAGGAGGGGUACCGCAUCAUACCAGGGGACUUGGACAAUAGUCAAGAAAGCGGACAGAGACCAUGGUGUUGUUCUCAAGUCCCAGAGCCUGUUUGUGUGGGCAUUAGCCGCUUGUGGGUUGCUGCUUCAAGCAGAAAGACUGGAGUGGCUACAAAGCUGGUGGACUGUGUCAGGCAGUGGUUCAGUUAUGGUAGCCUCAUUCCCAAACACAAGGUUGCCUUCUCUGACCCGACACCGGAUGGACGCAGGUUUGCACAGAAAUAUACGGGGACUCCAACAUUUUUGGUUUACAGAUACAAUUAUGGAUAA